UCGAUAACAAAAUCUACCUUAUCUCUAUUGCGUUGCGUUCGUUGAUUGAUUCCGCUGAGAUAGAUCGAAACCUGAGUGUUCGGCCGGUGCAGCGCCAUGGCGGCGGCCGACGGCGGCGGCGGCUUCGACGUGAUCGUGGUGGGCGCCGGCAUCAUGGGCAGCUGCGCGGCGUACGCGGCGUCGGCGCGCGGCGCGCGCGUGCUGCUCCUGGAGCGGCUCGACCUGCUCCACCGCCGGGGCUCGUCGCACGGCGAGUCCCGCGGCGUCCGCGCCACCUACGCGGGGGCGCACUACCCGCCCAUGGUCCGCCUCGCCGCGCGCCUCUGGGACGACGCCCAGCGCGACGCCGGCCCCGGCCACCGCGUGCUCACCCCGACGCCGCAGCUCGACAUGGGUCCCCGCGGCGACCCCGCGCUCCGCGCCGCCAUUGAGAACGGCGCCGCCGCCGAGGUCGACGCUGCCUCGGCGUCGUGGCCGGGCUCAGGGGUGUUCAGGCUGCCCGAGGGGUGGACAGCGGCGAGGAGCGAGCUCGGCGGCGUGAUCAGCGCGACCAAGGCGGUCGCCAUGUUCCACUCGCUGGCCACCAAGAACGGCGUCGUUGUCCGGGACCGGACGGAGGUGGUCGACGUCGCCAAGGCCACGCGCGGCAACCGAUCAAUCGCGGUGAGGACGUCGGCCAGCGAGGAGUUCGACGGCGACAAGUGCAUCAUCACUGUGGGCGCCUGGACCAGCAAGCUUCUAAGGUCGGUCGCCGGCGUCGACCUACCGGUGCAGCCGCUGCACACCUUCAUCUUCUACUGGAAGGUGAGGCCCGGCCGCGAGCACGAGCUCACCCCGGAGGCCGGCUUCCCGACGUUCGCCAGCUACGGCGACCCGUGCAUCUACAGCACGCCGUCGAUGGAGCGCCCGGGCCUGAUCAAGGUCUGCGCCCACGGCGGCGCGCCGUGCGACCCGGACAGGAGGGACUGGUGCGCCACCGGCGACGACCUGGCCGAGACAGUGGCACGGUGGCUCGACCUGGUCAUGCCCGGCCACGUCGACACCGCCGGCGGGCCGGUCCUCCGGGAGUCGUGCAUGUACUCCAUGACCCCCGACGAGGACUUCAUCAUCGACUUCGUCGGCGGGGAGUUCGGGACGGACGUGGUCGUCGGCGCUGGGUUCUCCGGCCAUGGCUUCAAGAUGGCUCCUGCCGUCGGGAGGAUCCUCGCGGAGAUGGCGCUCGACGGCGAGGCUAGAACAGCGGAGGAGGCCGGCGUCGAGCUCCGGCAUUUCAGGAUUAGCCGUUUCAUGGGUACAUCGGAGUGAAAACUUGCUGAAAAUAGAGCGAUUUUACUGUCGUUCACAAAGUCACUGGAAAUACUAUAUUUUAUUUGCUAUUUACUUCGUACAUUGAUACAAAUUUCGCGUUUAAAUUUUAAUCAUUAGAUAUAUUUUCUGAAUGAUAGUAAAAUUGCCAUUGAAAAUAAGUCAACGUCAAUAUUUAGGGUUCUCAUUUAGCGAUAUCUCUCAUGUGAAAUGCCGUUAUC